ACAUAAUAAUCGUAUCCGAUUUUGCGGUGAAAUGAAAAAUUCUCGUCAAGGUUAUAUCCAUAUUUCAGUCCUCAAAAUAAUGUUUAUAUUGAAUACCAUUGAACAGUCAAUGAGAUUUCACGCAGUAUAAUUUAAAAUUAUGAUCUACAAGUCACAAUCUUUGUAUAUGAUUCGCUACGUUCGAGCAGUGCGGGGUUGUAUCCGACGUCAGGACGCACCUGCGGCAGAACCUGGUGAACGCUUUGAAGCGUAAGGAUCUGAGGCUGUGUAAGAGUAGGGAGGCGAGGUCAGCGAAACAGUACGUUUACGAUAUGUUAAUAGCCGAGUAUCUGUUUAGUCACAAUUACUCCUUCACCAUGUCGAUAUUUGCUAGCGAAGUUCCGCUUUUAGUAAACUUUUGCAACAGCAACGUGCCGCAGGGCGCCUCUGACGCGUGCGACAGAGGCGGUGGUAGCGGGCGCGGUAAGCUGCAAAGCGAUUACAUAGCGCACACGCUGGAAACCCUGGGCAUUGAUCCCAACCGGCCCGAGGGCCAGUACAUUAUAUCGAAUUACCUGAACAGCGAGGCACCGCUGUUGCUAUCCAUUCUGAGCUCGAUAGCCGCGCUCGUCACCGACGCUCAGUCGUCGACCAGAAGGUCCAUGUACGACAGGGAGACGCAGGCUAAUCUAGCUCUGGAGGCAAAUCUUGUCGACGCGUCAAAAAUCCGUGCAAUGAGGAAGAAAAUUGUGCAACAGAAACGGCUGUACGACGACGAGUUGAGGACAAAGGAGAGCAAGCUGAAGCAGCAGGCCACAGUUAUAAAGCAUCAGCUUGGGACAUUAAAUGCAAAAGUGGAAGAGGCUCAGAAUUUAAUGCAAUCCUUGGCUCUGAAAGAGAAGCAGCUGAAAGAAAAGAAAGACAGUAAUGCACAAUGUAUCCUGCAGAAGGAAAUGGAGCUGUCUAUGAAACAAAAUUUCUUAACACAAGAAGCUAACAGAUUGCAGAGAGAACGCGACAGUUACAGGAAGUUCGAGGGUGGCUUGAAGAAACUGCAACGAGAGCUCGUCAAGAUGCAGAAGGAGAUGUCGCAGGGCACGUCGAACCAGGGCGCUCAAACUGCUCAAAGUAAUCUCAGGGACAUUCACGUGCAAACCGACGUGGAGAGCCGCGGGAUAAUGGACGAGUGCAGAGCUCUGCAGAGGGAGAAGCUGGAGCUGGCGAAUCUCGUGGAGGAGCAACGAUCGAGGAUCGAGCAGAUCACGCAGCGCAGCGCCCAGUUGUCACGUCAAUUGCAGGAAGUGCGUUUGUUGCAACCGCUCGAGAUACCGGUGGCUCGAAUCGCGAGCGCGAAUGCGAUCGUCAGCGAGAGCAGUUCCACGGAGGACAUUCUUCAGGACGCGAAAAUGCGGCUGAAGCGCCUGGAGGAGGAGAGCUCCAAGGCCGAUCAGUAUUUCUGCAGUUUCGUUAGCGCAUCUUCGUAGCAAAAUAAGACAUUUCCGAAGCGUAUCGUUUAUUAAUUUAUUUAUUACUGCACGCACAAUUAUAUUCAACCUUGCGAAUUAUUACACUUGACCGCAACAUCGCUUGCGAAGAUUUAUAAGCUUCUUCACCCUCGGAAGAAGUGACAAUUGAAACAACAUGUAUCGUGUAUCGAAAGACAUGUAUCAAAAAUUGUAAUCGGACAUCUAGAUAAUUUAUUUUAUAAAAUUGGAUGUUUUAAAACAUAUAAUAUACAAAUUACCGACUAUCCUUCUGCUUUAUUUUUGAAUUCUACGUUCAUUACAUGCAACAUCAAACAUAGCAUAGAAAAUGUUAAGUCGAGCUUCUCUCCGUUGUUGAUGUACAUCAUCUCCGUUUCGGGUCUGAACUCCUUCUGGUGCACUUGAAUUAAGGAUUAUACCGAGCACUAGUAUUUUCUCGUGCAUAGGACAAAUCAUACAGUUAUUGAGCAGUUAAGGAUUUUUUUUCAAAAAAAAGAUAAAACAAUGAAAAUUAUAGUUAUAAAAAAAGGCAGAAUAUAUUUUGCGUUAGAAAGUGUUCGAAACAUGUGUAUUACAAACUUCAUAAAGCGGAGUAAAUACACAAGACUUACACUUGGAUAAUGUAAUUAAGUGUUAAAAUUAUUGCCAUACGUUCGCUUAUACAUAUUCAAAUAAAAAAUACAAUUAACAAACAUAAUUUUUAUGUUCACUGAUUAACCGUAUUAAUAUACAUAUUACAGGAAGAUCUCUUAAUUUAUAAAAUGAGAAAAUGUCUUACAAAAAAAUAAUUACCUAACUCAAUAAUUGUACGAUUCAUUCUAUGUACAUAGUACAUAAGCUACUUUAACACUUAAUUAGGUACAAUGUUUAAUAUACUGACUUAUUACAAGUAUCACAAAUAUUAUGUAAUAUUAUUGUGUAAAAUCAACUAAAAUUGUGUAAAAAGAGCAAAAAUAAUACUCGUAAAGC